GGCAAUAAAAGUCUGACCAACGGGUGGGCUUUUAUACAGUGAAGGUCAUGAAUGCCAGCGUCUCGCUUUCUACACCAACUGCAACUCUGUGCCAGACGCCGGACGCCUUCUACCGCCAAAAGACUCCACGCUCAACUCAUCAAAACAGCCCUGCAUCUAUGCGUUCCUGUACCCAACACCCUCUUGGAUACGUACGGCAAAUGCGGUCUAGUCGAAGACGCGCUCCACCUGUUCGACGAAAUGCCUCACAGAGACCAUGUCUCGUGGGCUUCAAUUCUCACUGCCCACAACCAAGCCAACAUGCCCCACCGAACUCUCUCCAUGUUCCCCGCUAUGUUUGAGUCUGAUGGUUUGCAGCCGGACCAUUUUGUGUUUGCCAGCGUUGUCAAGGCCUGCUCUAGCUUAGGGGCUGUUAGACAAGCCAAGCAAGUGCAUGCCCGCUUUUUUUUGUCCCCGUUUUGUGAUGAUGAUGUCGUUAAGUCGUCUCUGGUUGAUAUGUAUGCGAAAUGUGGAUUACUUGAUAAUGCUCGUGCAGCUUUUGAUUCAAUUUUGUCCAAAAGUGUGAUUUCUUGGACUGCUAUGAUUUCAGGGUAUGCCAGAAGUGGAAAGAAAUCAGAAGCUUUUGAAAUGUUUGAGAGGUUACCGGUUAAGAACUUGUUUUCUUGGACUGCGUUGAUAUCAGGGUUGGUACAAAGUGGACAUGGUGUUGAUGCAUUUUAUUUAUUUAUUGAUAUGAGAAGAGAGGGAAUUCAUAUAGUAGACCCAUUAGUUCUCUCCAGCAUUGUUGGAGCUUGUGCUAAUUUGGCAGUAUUGGAGCCUGGAAAGCAGGUUCACAGUCUAGUUAUACGUCUUGGCUAUGAGUCUUGCUUGUUUAUCAGUAAUGCACUAGUUGAUAUGUAUGCGAAAUGCAGUGACAUUUUAGCUGCUAAGGAUAUUUUUGGUCGAAUGCAUCGAAGAGAUGUAGUUUCUUGGACUUCUAUAAUUGUUGGGGCGGCUCAGCAUGGGCAAGCUGAGAAAGCAUUGAGUUUAUAUGAUGAAAUGGUUGCAGUUGGAAUAAAGCCAAAUGAAGUUACCUUUGUUGGAUUGAUUUAUGCAUGUAGCCAUGUUGGUUUAGUUAGCAAAGGACGUGCUCUUUUCAGAUCCAUGAUUGAGGAUUACGGAAUUAGCCCCUCUCUGCAGCACUACACAUGCUUUUUGGAUCUUCUUAGUCGGUCUGGACACCUUGGUGAAGCUUCAAAUGUUAUUGAUUCAAUGCCCUUUGACCCAGAUGAACCCACUUGGGCAGCUUUAUUAAGUGCUUGCAAGCAUCAUGGGGAUACCCAAAUGGGAAUCAGGGUUGCUGAUCAUCUUUUAAGUUUAAAACCAGAAGACCCUUCAACUUAUAUACUAUUGUCUAAUGUCUAUGCCGGUGCUCGUAUGUGGGAAAAUGUAGCAGAGCUGAGAAAGUUGAUGGCAGCUAGAGAAUUUAAGAAGAAGCCUGGUUAUAGUUGCAUUGACAUUGGAAAGGAAACCCAAGUGUUUUAUGCUGGAGAGACAUCUCAUCCUAUGAAGGAUGAGAUGUUCAGUUUGCUUAAGGAGUUAGAUGCAGAGAUGAGGAGAAGAGGCUAUGUUCCUGAUAGUAGCUUUGUUUUACAUGACAUGGAGCACCAAGAGAAGGAAAGGCAGUUAUUUUGGCAUAGUGAGAGGUUGGCAGUGGCUUAUGGGCUGCUUAAGGCUGUUCCGGGGACAGUUAUCCGGAUAGUGAAAAAUCUUCGUGUCUGUGGAGAUUGUCAUACUGUACUGAAAUUCAUAAGCAGCAUUGUGAAGAGGGACAUUGUUGUUCGAGAUGCCACUAGAUACCACCAUUUUUCAAGCGGGGAAUGUUCAUGCAAUGACUUUUGGUAAAACUAUAUUUUUUUGGUAUGCCUUCCCUUUACAAGUUCUUCAUCAGUUGCUAAGAGCAUCCACAAUAGACUCCCUUAACCAUCUUCUUAUACAAAUUUUAGAGAGGAAUUGGAAAAA